AUGGCUGGUAGUCAUAUGACUGCCCUCAACCAAAAUGGCACUGAAGCUAUAGACAGUCAUGUGAUGGCCCUCAAGCAAGAUGUGAGGCGCAAAGAGAGGAGAUACCCAUUGAGCUGGAUUCCAGUGAGGCGCAAAGAGAGGAGAUACCCAUUGAGCUGGAUCGCAGUGAGGCGCAAAGAGAGGAGAUACCCAUUGAGCUGGAUCGCAGUGAGGCACAAAGAGAGGAGAUACCCAUUGAGCUGGAUUCCAGUGAGGCGCAAAGAGAUACCGAUCCUCUUUUACAGCCCAUCAGAUUUUUCUAGGUACCGAGAACAGGAUGAGAAGCACAGACACAGUCCCUGCCCUCACGGAGGUGACCAUCUGGCAAGGCAGCCGGCAGGAGAGGCUUCAGUUAUGCUGACGGGGAUGGGGUGGAGCAGCUCCCAUCAAAGCAGUCUAAAGGAGCAGAAGCAGAGGACCCGAGCUAGUGAUCCUCAGGGGCCCUCCAUCCUCAUUCAAGGUGCUUCUGCUGAGAUUAACUGUCCCUGGAAAGACCCUCAUACAUACCUGCAGGAAAUGGAGGGAAUCCAGAUUGGAUGCUGCUCCACAGUGACUUUCUGUUGUGCAGGAGGAGAAAAGGGUGGUAGAGGGAAGCCAGAUUCAGCUGAAGUGUGGGUCCUCUGUCUCGUCCCUGCCAACUGCCUCCUCUUGAACCUUUAGUCAUUUCCACGAACAUUUUAGCUUCUGCUGUGUACUAGGCAGGAGGCUGGGCUGGCCGUGAACCCAGAGAUGUGCUUGCGUUUAUGCUCCUGGGCCUUUGGUCUGGGGACAUCUUAGUUUUCAGAUCCUUCAAAUCCUAAGCCAGCUUCUUUCCUCAAAUGAGAGAAGGGCGAAUAGACAACAGGCUGGUUUAUUGGAUGUUUUCCUUCAUUUCCGACUCUGACAGUCGUCCUUCACUCUGAUGGGGAGUCUACACAAUGGUGAUGAAUUUAUUCAUUUUGACUGUUUGUGAAGCUCUCUAAUUAGUUCUUUAUAGAUUUCCAUCUUUAUAAAAUUCUUUAUAGAAUUUUAUAAAUUUGUUUUGAGUUAAAAUUGUGCAUUCAGAGGAAUUGC